AUCAUAACUUGGGCAGAACUCACAAGUUGACACAGCUCGAUUUUGAGAGAAAUAUGGAAAGUAGCAGUCUGGUUGGUCUCCUUUCAGCUGAGCUGCAGAUUUCAGGAAGACAUUCAUGCAGAGGUGAAACGGACCCACUUUGGCAUAUUUCUCCCACUGGUAGCUACACAGGUGCAACAUUGAAUCAAGAAUAGAGCAUGCUAUCUGAGAAAUCUUGAAACGAGGGGAAAGAACAUGCUACAGCAGAACGCAAGUACAAGACGGUGCAUUUGCAACUGCAGUGUGGCCCACUUCAUCGCGGCGGUGAGGUUACAGCACCAAAAGACUGUAAAAGCUGAAAUCCCAUCAUGUUAAGAUCUGCAGUAGUCGGAAUAAAUUUGUCCUAAGGUGUAUAUUUGGACUCUACGGACCAAUUGCGAUAACGCUUGAUGAUGAUGUUAUUGCAUCUGCCUCACUGCGAAAGUGGCUUUCAGCACAUCUCACCACAGAGCCGGCGGAGCUGCCAGCGUGGUUUAUUUUUAACCAGCUCUGGGCUAGUUAAAAAAUAAAAAUAAAAAAAAGAAACACAUCCAUUCCGCACUGCUCGGGUACUACUGGAGGCAUGCUAGAUGGCAAGCGCAGAGGAAAGCGAGGAUCAUGACAUUUGCAGGGAUGCUGAGAAACCAGGACAUCCAGACUGCCGUGCAGGCAUGUCAAGCUCCAGGCACAUUCAACUACAAAACUUUCUUCUCACAAGUGGGACUGGCCGACUUGUCGGAAGCAGAUUGGAAAAAUGUCUUCACGGUCCUGGACCAGGACAGGAGCGGAUUCAUUGAGGAGGCGGAGCUAAAACUAUUCCUUCAGAAUUUCUCCCCCGACGCGAGGGAGCUGACGGUGGCCGAAACCAAGACACUGAUGGCGGCAGGAGACAGAGAUGGCGACGGCAAAAUCGGAAUCGAAGAGUUCUGCGAUCUCCUGAAAUAACGAGAAACGCCCCUCGCUGGCCAUGACUUUGAAGAUCCCGACUUUCCAGAUUGUUUGAUGAAAGCUCAGAUAUUCCAAAUCUGCUUGGCUACUUGUUGCUGUCCUUGGCGGUCGAUACGACGGAUGCCGGAGGCCAUACGUGUGUGUUGCCGUGACUCAACAAGUCGCAAAUGAUCAAUAAAUGUAUUUGGGAUUUGA